AUGGAACAGGUCAACAGCACAGAUGACUUUUCCCUCAUCAAUGCUACGGUCAGUCCCACAACCUUGGCACCCUGGGAUGAUUCAACACUCCUUGGCCUUCAGAUUUCCCUCUCUGCAAUGCUAGCGUUCGUUACUUUAGCCACUGCUCUGUCCAAUGCUUUCGUGAUUGCCACUAUCUUUCUGACACGCAAGCUACACACUCCCGCCAACUUUCUGAUUGGCUCUCUAGCGGUGACAGACUUACUGGUGUCUAUUUUAGUCAUGCCAAUCAGCAUUGUGUAUACGGUCAGUAAGACUUGGACUCUGGGCCAGAUAGUGUGCGAUAUUUGGCUAUCAUCUGACAUAACUUUCUGCACAGCUUCAAUCCUGCACCUUUGUGUGAUUGCAUUGGACCGAUAUUGGGCUAUAACCGAUGCUUUAGAGUAUUCAAAGCGACGCACCAUGCGCAGAGCAGGACUGAUGAUCGGUGUAGUGUGGGUGAUAUCUGUUUCUAUCUCCAUGCCACCUCUCUUCUGGAGGCAGUCUAAGGCCCAUGAAGAGCUUACGGAAUGCAUGGUCAACACUGACCAGAUCUCUUACACACUCUAUUCCACUUUUGGCGCCUUUUAUGUCCCAACAGUCCUCUUGAUCAUUCUUUAUGGGCGAAUCUAUGUGGCGGCUCGUUCCAGGAUCUUUAAAACGCCAGCAACUAGUGGAAAACGCUUCACCGCCGCUCAUCUCAUCCAGAAUUCGGCAGGCUCUUCGCUUUGCUCACUAAACUCCACCACUAACCAGGAAGGACAUCUUCAUCCUGGAGGUGGAGGAGGUGGUGGUGAAGGAGGGGGGUCUCCUCUUUUUGUGAACAGUGUGAAAGUGAAGUUAGCCGAUAGCGUUCUGGAAAGAAAGCGUCUUUGUGCCGCUCGGGAGAAGAAGGCCACCAAAACUCUUGGGAUUAUCCUGGGUGCGUUUAUCGUGUGCUGGCUUCCGUUCUUUGUGGUUACGUUGGUGAUGGGGAUCUGUAAAGACUGCUGGUUCCACCCUGUGCUCUUUGAUGUGUUCACUUGGCUGGGGUACCUGAACUCCCUCAUCAAUCCAAUCAUCUACACUGCCUUUAAUGAUGACUUCAAACAAGCCUUCCACAAACUCACUAAGUUCAAAAGAUGCUACUAAGGGAAUAUGGCAAAUCUACUCCCUGUGUUUUGACAACUACAUGACUUUAUUAGCUGAUUUCUCCUAAAAAUAUAGUGCAACUUUUGUUGUGCGUCAGCCGUGGAGGACUUUCAAUACUCAUUCUCCUGCAUUUGUUUUCAGUGAACUUCUCAACACACUCAUAGUGACUGGUCGCUGUAGAAUACUCUUUCAUGAAAUCUUAUA